CUUCCCUUCUUUUAAAAUUUUAAAAAUAAUGCUUCUUCUUCUACUAUGCAAGCAUCUAUCAUGAAAAAUUUUGUUGAAUCGUGCACGAAUUUUAAACAAAUCUUGUUGAUGGUCGAACGAGUUUUACCUAAGUGUGAAAUAAAAUUUCCAUCAAAUUAUUAUUUAAUAUUUUAAUAUAAAAGAUUAAAAAAGGAAAAAACUCGGAGUCCGCACCUCCGGAAUGGCUAUAUUCGUGCCACGUCAAGGCCGCUGUAAAAGAGUGAUCUCUGCAUCAAGAGGGAUCUGUGUUCGACUCAUCGUCUUCUCUCUCUCUCUCAAUGGCGAGGAAGCUUAUGCAUGCCCUUUCGUACGGCGCUUAUGGCGGAGGCCCUGCUGGUCUGAAGCACACAGAAGUUCCAGUUCCUUCUCCGGGUAAAGAUGAGGUUUUGCUUAAAUUAGAAGCUGCAAGUCUCAAUCCAGUUGAUUGGAAGAUUCAGAAAGGCAUGCUGCGCCCUAUUUAUCCUCGCAAGUUCCCUCAUAUACCAGUAACUGAUGUAUCGGGAGAGGUUGUCGAGGUUGGUCCACAAGUCACGAACUUCAAAGCUGGUGACAAAGUGGUGGCCAUGCUUACCCAUGCUAAUGGAGGUGGACUAGCUGAAUUUGCCCUUGCCAAGAAGAGCUUGACAGUUUAUAGGCCACCUGAAGUAUCGGCUGCUGAAGGUGCAGGUUUGCCUGUUGCUGGUCUUACAGCCCACCAGGCCCUUACCCAACCUGCUGGGAUAAAGCUCGACGGAAGUGGCCCGCAGGUGAAUAUUCUAGUCACUGCUGCCUCCGGUGGGGUUGGUCAUUAUGCUGUUCAGCUGGCGAAGUUAGGCAAUACCCAUGUUACUGCCACUUGUGGUGCCCGGAAUAUUGAUUUUGUAAAGAGUUUAGGGGCAGAUGAAGUUUUGGACUACAGUACACCCGAAGGAGCGGCACUGAAGAGCCCCACCGGAAGGAAGUAUGAUGCUGUGAUACACUGUGCAACGGGAAUUCCUUGGUCUACUUUUGAACCAAAUCUGAGCACAAACGGGAAGGUGAUAGAUAUCACUCCCAACCCUAGUGCCAUGCUGACUUUUGCGCUGAAGAAACUCACCUUCUCUAAGAAGCAGUUGGUGCCAUUGUUAAUGUCUCCCAAGGCUGAGAACCUCAAUUAUUUAGUUACCUUGGUGAAGGGGGGGAAGCUUAAGACGGUGAUUGACUCGAAACAUCCUCUGGUCAAGGGUGAGGACGCUUGGGCCAAGAGCAUUGAUGGACAUGCUACUGGGAAGAUCAUUGUGGAACCUUAAAAUAAGGUAGGUAUGCUUGGAGCAUGUAUGGAAUUGGGAGUUGCUUAUGGGCCAUAUGGAUUUGAGGUGACUAUUGCAUUAAAUAAGGGUUAUGAUGGUGUGUUGUUGUACCUUAUUCUCUCUGGACACGAUGCUGUAAAUAAUAAUGUUUGUGUUUCAUGUUCAGUGAUGUAUACUAUAUCUAAAAGAAAAUUUCUAUAGAUGCAUUAUAUUACCAACCA